AUGUACGCACAAGAUGGCACGAUCAGAAUUGUGAACAAUAAUGGCGAGAGCAUCCUGAUCGCGAGGGCAGAUGCACAGCCCGGAAAAUUUCACGAGGCGGGCGACAAAGAGAAGGAAAUCCCUCCCCGUGAUCUUAAUGACACAGAGAUCAAGAGCAAUGACGAAUUCACCGUGAAUUUCUGCGGCCGCGACUCGGAACCUACUGAUACAAAAGGUACCCUUGAUCUUACUGAUCUAGAUGAUGACUGCAUCGCUACUCUCUCUUGGAAGGUACCUUUCUGGUCGAAAACGAAUACAUUUCAGGUGCAAAACAUCAGAUCCGGCUAUACUGUGACUGCGGAUGGCUACAACAGGACUGGUAGCGGACUUGGUACUGCAGUAGUAAAGGUCGUCAAAGGUUAA